GUUGCGGUCGGAAACUAUAGUAUCUAUCCCCCGGUCAUGGCGGUUAGCGCAAUGGUCUCAAGUUUGGUCCUCAUCUCUACAGUCUUAUGUGUUGGAAAAGUAUAUACUGCAUCAGUGGACAGUUGUCCUAUGUAUGGAUGCCGUCCCUCAGGUACUUUCUCCUACACACUGAAAAUGACCUCUAAUGUCGGCAUGGCCUGGCCAAGGAGUUUUAUACAGGGGCCGCUGACCAAUUCCCUUGGGUGUGCAGCAAACAAUGUCAACAUUGUGUGUCAAGCAAAGGGCUUGCAGCAUGAGGGCUAUACGACCUUGAAUCCAGACACGGGUAUGGCGUCUUGGUACGGAGACGUUCUAAAGAAACCCACAUUACCUGUUAUGGAUAUUUAUGGUGACGUCAUCGGGACCAAUGGACACAACCUUGUAAUGUUCGAGCCCGAUGGAAAAAUUGUGAAGCCACAGAUUAAUCUCCGAGAUAAACUGUAUCCAACAUAUAGUUUGGCGGUAUCAGAGGAAACCGGUAUCAUUGCCAUUGUUUCACGUCAAGGACUUUUGGUUACCUAUGAAUCAAAUGGCGUGCCCCAUGCUGCCAUUCAGUUUCGAGCAGAGGAACAGAGAAGCAACGGGACGUUUCUACCAGUGGCUCCCCCUGUCGUGUCCGGACAUAGAAUUUACAUCCUCACGGAGUUUCGCCCCGAUUAUGAUACACAACAGCCAAACAUUCUCGGUAUGCAGCGUCUGUUUGCAAUUGACAUUAAGAAUGCGUUGGAUGGUCGACUGGAGAUUGCUUGGGUUUAUAAUUUUGAGAAUCUUGAUCCCGUGCUGCCUCUUGUUGGUGAAAAUCACCAAGAAAAGCGAGGUACGCCAGAGGAAACCCGCGUCGACUCCACAUAUGGCCCAGCUCCUCAAAUCAUGGUCAACGGCAACACAAACAUGGUAUACGUGAAUUUACCGCCACCAGAGGGCGCCACAAACGCGCCACAUCUUCUGUGGGGGUUCAAGGACGAAGUGAAUGGAACAUCUCCGAACCUUAUUUUUAAAAUUCCACAGUCUCUAUCAAAUUUUGCGAUGUUUGAGUCUAAUAGCGGAGAUAUUGGAGCUGAUAAACUAAACAGAAAAGAUUUGAACAAUUCGUUCAAGUUAAGUAAAAACGCAGGAGAAGCAUCAAUAUGGGGUGUUUCAAUCAACAAAAAACAAAUUCUAAAACUGAAUCCAGAAGACGGAACCGUCGUUGAGCAAAUAAAUCUCGAUUCGGUACUCAAUAUGACGUCAUCAACUGUGACGUCAAAGCUUAUAGUUGCAAGAAGCUCUGAAAGUUCUCUGGAUAUUCUUAUCUUUGGUGUUCAAGCUUCCUCGUCUAACACCGAUGAUUCCAAGAAUUCGACCAACAACAACAGCAAAAUGGCCACGACCCAGAAUUAUGUCGUUUGUCUCAUAGAAAAGACUGUGAAUUGGGUCAUAAAGACACCAAACAAUAGAGAGGUUAAAGGUCAAAUUGCCGGAGUUAGACGAUCGGCAGUCAAUGAAGCCGAUAUGUUGGUAGUGUAUACAAGCGAUUCCGAGGAAUCGGAAAUUUUUGGAAUAACCUCUUAUUAAAUGCAGAUUAUGAACAUGCAUAUUAAUGAAUAAGAUGUUUAUUUAUUAAAGUAGAUUAGUUUAUAUAC